AGCAAAUCAAGUUGGACCGGCGGCGUUUUGCAUUGCCUCUCAAACUCACGAGCCGGCUUCGUUUCCGUCGUCGAUUUCGCCGACUUCGAUCACUUCAGCCAUAGUUAACAACAAGAUGCAUUCCACCACCUUCCCCGCAGUAAAACGAAGAUGCAUGUCUCCUUCCCAGCUGCCUCCGGCAACCCGGUGCACCACAUCGCGCGACGUGUGCUCCGGCGCAUAUUCCUGGCCAGCCUGGGAGUCGCUGCAUGCAGAUUUGGUUUGCCUGGUCGCGUCGGCCUUGCUGGCCAGAGGAGAUCUACUGGACUACGUCCGCUUCCGUGCCGUCUGCGCGCACUGGCGAUCGGCCACGCUCUCUCCACGCGGCCGCGGGGUUGUUGAUCCGUGCUUCCAUCCACGCCGCUGGAUGAUGUUCCCAGAGGACCGUGGCCUUUACCCUGGACAUCCGGAGCUGGGUGGCUACAUCCGCUUCUUUAACCUAGACUCAGGUGCCUUUGUCCGCGUCUGUCUGCCAUUGUUCAGGAACCACUGUAUUCUUGAUUCUGUCUGUGGCCUCCUCCUCCUCCAGAGGGACAAGGACGCAGCCAUCCGUCUUCUACACCCUUUCACCCGUGACAUUGUUGAGCUUCCACGGCUCACCACUCUCGCCACACAAAUGCCCGGGGGAACAAAUUGGUCGCUCCAGCGGAUGAGAUUCAUCUCUACGUGUGCUUCGUUUGUUGCAGGAGUCGUCACUGUCUUGCUUACCUUUAAUAACUUUGAUGGUGUGGCUGUGGCUACCUCCCUAGACAUGCAAUGGACAAUGCUCAGUUGGGAAUGCCCAGCGUGGUCACAUCCGGUUUCAUUACACGGCAAGCUAUACGUGGUUGAUAUUCCAGAAAUCGAUGUGACGGGUGCACCAAUGAUUUUCGAGCUGGACGCAGCGUACCACCAUCGAGCCACACCAAAGCUGAUCUUCACAUGCCCCAGAGAGAAGCGCCUCUACUCGUGCUAUCUGGUAGAGCAUGGCUCGGAGAUCUUAGUGGUUUGCCAUGACGACGAUUUCCUAUCCCAUAUUACUGUCUAUAGACUUGCCGAUCUUGUCUUGGGGAAAUUUAUCCCGGUAACAGACAUCGGAGAAAACACUAUAUUCAUGGGACAAAGGAAUAUCUGUGUAUCUUCCAAGGCAUUUCCUACCGUCGAGGCCAAUACUAUUGUCUACUACCGUCCGAUCAAGAACCGUUUUGCACAGUACCAUAUCAGUAACCGCACCUGGUCACGGGCAUUAGAUCGGAGCAGCCUAAAUGGCCGUGCACAAGGCCCCCGUAGCCCUAUGUGUCAUAUCUUAACUUGCUGCUCUCCCGCGCAUUGGAACAAAGGACUAGAUUACCCAUCUACAGGUUGUAGACGACCAGAGUGGGAGGUGAAACAAGAGUUUCGAACUGGGGCAUAAAUUAAUGACAUCUGUAUGGGAAGCUAGCAAUGGAGGACUUAUGGCACCAUGCUUCAUGGUAACUGGAUCAUGUCUAGAUCUUGCUAUUGCAGUAUAUCAAAAUUGUCGGGCCAGCCCAUUAGCAUAUGUUGAUUUACAAAGAGAUUAAACGUUAUAACUUAAUGCAUGAUUCAUGGUUCGGGCAUGACAAACAUUAAUGGAAAGAAAUUUCAUUCUUCUAAUCCUA